AUGUUUCCCCUCAGAUUCCAGUCCUUGCUCUUAGCUUUCUCGGCCACCUCUUUUGCCAGCCUGGACUGCAAAAUCUCACCUGCAGAUUUCUCAUGGCCGUCUUAUGAUGAGUGGGGUGCACUAAAUCGCUCUAUUGGGGGAGUUCUAAUCAAAACUGCCCCUGUCGCCUCAUCUUGCUAUCCCGGCAACCCAUUUAAUUCACCCCAGAACUGUACGGACCUGCAGAAUAAAUGGUCAUAUGCAGCAUUCCACGCCUCCCUGCCAGAGAGUAUUGAUUUCCCAAUCUGGACGAAUAACUCCUGCCUUCCUGAUGGUGUGACCGGCUACACGGAGGGAAAAGGCUGCAGUAUCGGUGGCCUGCCACAAUAUGUUGUGAACGCUACGACAGAAAACCAUGUCGCCACGGCGAUGAAAUGGGCCUCGCGAAGGAACAUUCGGAUUGUUGUGAAGGGAACUGGACACGACCUCAGUGGUCGGUCAACCGGAGCAUUCGCACUUUCUAUCUGGACGCACAAUUUCAAGCACAUCAAACGAGAUCGUGCCUGGCUCUUACCCGAUCGCAACGAGACAGCAGACGUUUUAUUCUGCGGCAGCGGAAACAACUGGGGAUCCGUCUACACUGCAGCCCACCGUUUCAACAGAAGUGCCGUCGGUGGUGAAGAUGCUACUGUAGGACUCGGGGGCUUGAUUCAAAACGGUGGUCAUGGAUAUUUAUCCAGCCACUAUGGACUUGCAUCAGAUCAGUUAUAUCAAGCCACUGUGAUCACGACUGAUGGCCGAAUUCUUGUCGCGAACAGCGUGCAGAAUCAAGACCUCUUUUGGGCCAUUCGUGGUGGUGGUGGAGGCCAAUAUGGUGUGGUAACGGAAUUUGUUUUGAAGACACAUCCCGUUCCAGAAAAUGUUGUCAAGGGGAGCCUUGUUUUUCAUGCGGCCGAAAGGUCUAACAAGAGUGAGAAUGCCUCAUGGAACGCCUUAUCCGAGGUCGUUUCUCUAAUCCCGGAUCUCAUGGAUGAUGGAUUGCUCGGCAACUUUACUGCAUACACCAAAACAAACACACUUGUGCUUGGCCUCAGCGAGGCACCACCUGGCGUCACAGCAGUCAUCGGGCUUAUUGGCUACAAUCAAACAACAGACCACAUGAACAGCAUUGUGAGGAACCUAGCAAGUCGUGUCAACGCUAUUGGCUCUGGUCGCUACCUAAAGAUUUCAGUUGAACAAGCGACUACCCAGAGCUACUGGUCAUUUGUAAAUCCAGACCCUCUCCUCAGCAACACUGCUGGUGCUGUCAGCUUGAUGACUAGCCGGCUAAUGGGCCGUAGGGAGCUAUCAGACAUUCCUCGGGAAGAAUUGACCACAUACCUCAAGGUGGCCCUAGCAUCUGAGGAUCCGGAAGCCGGAACAAUGUUGUUGUUUGGCUUGCAAGGUGGUCGCGGGACAGCUAGUGUACCAGAGAACAUGCGCGGUAGCGUUCUUCCUGCUUGGCGCAGCGCAUAUGCUCAUGUCUUCACGUUGGGCGCAUCAGUGAACGCCACGGGUAACCCAAGCGAAUCUCUGAAGGCUGGUGCCGACUACUAUGAAGCUGUCAAGGAGCCUCUUUGGGCAAAAUGGGCACCCAACAGCGGGUCCUACAUGAACGAGGGCAACCCCUUGUGUCGCGCAUGGAAGAAGGAUUUCUAUGGUGAAAACUACGGCAAGCUUCUUUCUAUCAAGCGCAAGUAUGAUCCUUCUGAGAGUUUGUUUGUCUGGAGUGGUGUAGGGAGUGACCUCUGGAACAAUGACUUGCAAACUGGUCUGCUCUGCCGAGUGGCACCAUGA